AAGUCAUUUAUUUUAGGUUGUCAUAGCUACAAAUAUUGCAGAAACUUCUUUGACAAUUGAUGGGAUUUACUAUGUGGUUGAUCCUGGUUUUGUUAAACAGAAUGUUUACAACUCUAAAACAGGCAUGGAUUCUUUGAUUGUGACACCAAUAUCGCAAGCUCAGGCUAAGCAGAGAGCUGGUCGAGCUGGAAGGACAGGACCUGGAAAAUGUUAUAGAUUAUAUACAGAGAGAUCGUAUAGAGAUGAAAUGUUAACAACACCAGUUCCAGAGAUACAAAGAACAAAUCUUGCAUCAACAGUCUUGCAGUUAAAAGCAAUGGGCAUUAAUGAUCUUUUAUCAUUCGACUUUAUGGACGCACCCCCACCUGAGUCUCUAAUUAUGGCACUUGAACAAUUGCAUUCUUUGAGUGCUUUGGAUGAUGAAGGCUUGCUGACAAGACUUGGAAGACGAAUGGCAGAAUUUCCAAUGGAACCUAAUCUUUCCAAAAUGCUCAUUAUGUCUGUGCAUUUAGGCUGCAGUGAAGAAAUACUUACAAUUGUGUCCAUGUUGUCUGUUCAGAAUGUAUUUUAUAGACCUAAGGAUAAGCAAGCUGUGGCUGAUCAGAAAAAAGCAAAGUUUAACCAGCCAGAAGGUGACCACUUAACACUUUUAGCUGUUUAUAAUUCAUGGAAAAAUAACAAAUUUUCCAAUGCAUGGUGUUAUGAAAAUUUUGUGCAGAUUCGAACUUUAAAGAGAGCUCAAGAUGUCCGUAAACAGUUAUUGGGUAUUAUGGAUAGGCAUAAACUUGAUGUUCUUUCAUGUGGAAAAACUACAGCGCGUGUUCAGAAAGCAAUAUGCAGCGGGUUUUUUAGAAAUGCUGCAAAAAAAGACCCUCAAGAAGGCUAUAGGACCUUAGUUGAUGGCCAAGUUGUGUAUAUCCAUCCAUCAAGUGCUCUUUUCAAUCGACAACCAGAAUGGGUUGUGUAUCAUGAAUUAGUACAAACCACAAAAGAAUAUAUGAGGGAGGUGACGACAAUUGAUCCAAAAUGGAUGGUUGAAUUUGCCCCAGCAUUUUACAAAUUUGCAGAUCCAACAAAAUUAAGUAAACAUAAAAAGCAGCUGCGUCUUGAACCUUUAUAUAACAAAUAUGAAGAGCCAAAUGCCUGGAGAAUAUCACGUGUUAGGCGAAGGAGAAACUAAGUUAUUUAUUUUCAUUGUAAAAUGUGUAAAUAUGUAAAAAUUAAAAAAAAAAAAAAAAAAAAAAACUUGUAUAAUAAAACAUUUUUUAUAUUAAA